AUGUUUAAAUACAGCACAGAGAUUGAAGAAGCGUACGCGUUAUCGAACGACCCACCAGAGCGUACGGUGGCAGAAGUAACGCUGAUUAAGAAAAUUAUCGAGCUCUACAUCGCAGCGUUCAAAUAUGGAGACUCCGAAACGGUCAGCAAGCUCCGUCAUCCACAAUAUAAGCAACAUAAUCCAGAUGUUUGGGAUAGACUGCAGGGAUUGGUCGGAUUUGCCACCAUGCAGCAGUUAGCUGCCCAGAACAGUGGUCAAGCGCAGCCACCAGCUUUCAAAUACAAGAGAUUCCUUAGAGACGGUGACUUUCUGACUAUUCACAUGCACGUCGUCCGAUGGCCUGGGGAUUGA